AACUGAAGAGGAGAAAUGUGAAUGCCUAAUUUUCUUUUUAAUUUUUUCAUUUUUGAUUUUGACCUUUCAUCUGCUUCUUCUUCUAAGGAAAGGGGGAGAAAGACGCCUCUUCUUAGCUCGAAUCCCUCCAAAUCCAAAUCUAAAUCCAAGUUCCUCUCCUCAAUCUAAUUGCAUAGCAUACUGAAGUUAGAGUAACCAUGUACGUUGAACAUGCCUUCUCGAUAUCCGACGAGGAUAUCAUGAUGGACACUCCCCACGCCAUUAACAAUCGGCCUCCGUACAAGGAGAUCGGCCUCGCUGUCGCUCUUCUCGUCUUUGGCACCCUUGGGAUCAUCCUGGGUAUUUUCAUGGCCGUCAACAAAGUCGGCGGUGACCGCGCCCAUGGGCUUUUCUUUGCAAUACUCGGAUCCAUUUUGUUCAUUCCAGGCUUCUAUUAUACAAGGAUUGCAUAUUAUGCAUUUAAGGGAUACAAAGGCUUCUCCUUCUCCAACAUUCCCCCUGUCUAGAGCCCUUCUCCUUCAACUUCUCUGCCCUAUGUACAGAUCCUCUUUCAUUUAUUUACUUUCUUUUGAAUGUUUUGUUCCUGCGGACUUCAGUUCUUUUCUUGACUUCACUAUUGUAUGUUAUUUGUUUCAUAGUGCAAUUCUGACCAGUAUUCCUGUUUGUUGUGGUUGUUUUAUGACAUAAUAUCUAAUCUUUCCAUUUA